CGAACCAACAGAGCGAUUCAUACUUUAAACCGUCGUCCUCCUCUAACGUCAAAUUUUAUUUAUUUUUCACGUUCGGGAGCGAUCUCGUGGACUAUGUCUUCAAACAUACUGUUAAGACUCCCUCCUGAAUUGAUAGAGAAGAUUAUCGAACACACGGAGAGUUGGUGUUGUCAAUGGAAUCUUAAGAAUUACUUAGCUUUAGCAAUUACAGACAAGCGCCUGAAUAUGUUGGCCGUUCCUUUUCUUUACCAGCACAUCAGAAUAAGAGCUGGGCAAAUAAAUCUAUUAGCCCGAAGCUUAAAGAAUCGACCUGAAAAUGCAAAGUUUAUAAAGUUUCUGCACAUAAACGUUUAUGAUCCUUUGUCUGCUGAUCAGCUGGAGAGCAUCGAAUCUAUAUUAUGCUACGCAAUACAACUUGAAUUUGUGAUAUUCCCUACUCUCCUUGAGUUUAUUAGAAUUUCGAAAAACAGCCAUCUUAGCAAACUUCAAGUGUUUGAGCUGAGAGAUCUAUGUGGUAGAGAAGAAAUAAUUAGUUUUGAAGAACUUGAUAAAUUUCUUUUACUCCCAGAACUUCAUAGCUUCUGUAUUACUAGUCCCUAUGGAAUAAUUCUACCUGAAGAAAAUAUAAUCUCGAGAACACAAGAGAUGUCGAAAAGUAUUAAAAAAUGCAAAUUAAAGGCGCUGCAUCUUGUCGGUUCACAAGUAGAUACGACGAUCGAUUACAUUCUGGCUUCAGCUUCGAACCUUGAGGAGUUCUGCUGGGACGACAACGACCGAACUGAGCCAUUCGACAUACUGACAUUCCUUGCCCCUGUCAGGAAAACCUUGACCUACAUUCGGAUUACCGAUGCAUGGUUUGUUCAUUAUCAGCCAACUAAUUUUAGAGCGAAUAAUUUCAAUAAGUUGGAAAGAUUAUACUUAAACUCGAAAGUCUUCUCACCAUCUGCACUUCGUAAAAGCCUCCACACCUGUCUCCCGCCAAGUCUUAUCUCAAUAAAGCUUUAUUUUGAUAAUACUUCAAUUUUCGAUGCCGAAUUCAGCCAGAUCUCACACUUUUACGUGAUAGAAGAUUACGACUGGAUCGAGGAAUUUGGAAAAAAUCUGGCAGAAUAUCUACCAAAGCUUCAAGAAUUCUUUUUAUGGGAGGUAAAUUGGGACGAUAGUUUUGAUCUACCCGCGGAAGAUGAUGACUUUAAUAAUUCAUUCAAAGAAUGGAAUAUACCGCCAUCCGUAGAUAGGAUUUACCAGUCGCGAAAAGUAGAACUUUCUAUUCAGUUGAGAACCUCCUACCGCAGUUUUCAUAGUCGGGGAAUUGGUGAAGUAAAUGAAAAUGGAGAACGAUUUUACUACAUUCCUAGUCCAAAGAGAUUAAGUACCAGCUCCUAA